UCUACGCCUUACGUAUUCUUUUAAGUAUUAUGAUUUUAAGUAUUCUAGUGAAUUGGUUACCAUUGCUUGAUUAGGUUUAUGAGUGAUUAUUUGUGCUUUGCUUGAGCUAUGAUUUGAGGUGAUUUUGUUUGAGCUAUGGUUGAUGUGAAUGUGCAUGAGUUCUUAGUUAAUUUAAAGCUUUCCGUUUACAAGUUAUUGUUAAAGUUAAGAAACAAGUUCUUUUUAAGAAGUAACUCACCUAAAAGAAGGUGAAGUCGUUUUAAGUGUUUUUAGUCACUAGCGCCAGUCCGUUGCCAUUUGAGACAUUCAGAUAGAGCAGCACUUAUGCUCUUGAGACUUUUAAGAUGGGCAGCAGUUAAGCCGGAUUGCAAUUACCAAGUUCAGUUUCUAUGAUAGUUAUACUGCGGAAGGUUCUUAAACAGUCUGAAGUCUCGACUAAAGGUCUCCAGACCCUCUCAAUCUGAGUCUCUAGCGGGCGACUAACCUCCACCGGAGUAAACAGAUUGAGGCCCUAACGAACAAAACCUCCACUACCGAAGUGAAUUCGGUACAGAAUAGUGAGUUGGCUCCUCAACUAAAGUCACCAACUCCCUACCUUCAAUCAAGGAUUCUCUAUCAACCUAGGCAGAUAUUCUCAUUCUAGGUUAAAGCAGAAACAACAGGAAUUUGAUCAGGAUUCAAGCCAUUCAAUCAUUCAAACCUCAAUUAAAUAUAAUCAAAUCAUAGAAUCAGUACUUGGGUUCAUACAAUCAAACCCAACAUACAAAUCUAGGGUUUCCCAUACCCAGAUGAAUGGGAGAACUACUCCAUGGAGAAAGAAGCAAAAGCAGAUUCAGACGCGGAAAUCAUACUGUGAAGGAUGGAUUUCUGCUCCUGGACGUUGAUCGGCACUCCUCCAAGCUCAAUCCAAGCUCCAAUGGUGAUGAAGAUCAAGCUAGGGCACUUGGGAACUCUUGUUCGUCGCUUUCACUCUCUAGGAAUCGCUCUGUCUCUCUAAAACUCGAAUCCCCUUCUCUUUUGGCUGAAAUCUUCCUAAAAGGGCAUCACUGGGCAAAACACGGUCGAGGGCACGGCCGUGCUUUGCUCCAGCCCGCCCGUGCCCUUGCCACGUGGUAAAUACAUGGCCAGACUUUGGGGAAAACACGGGUGUGUUUGAUGAUGGACACGACCGUGUUCUGGGUCAGUUCCGCCCGUGUUUUGAGCUAGUGUUUGUCAGUCUUGGAUCAAGCCUCGACAGUAAAAACACGGUCCAGGAACACGGCCGUGCUUUGAUUUAGGCGUGCCCGUGUUUUGGCUCCAGCUCGACCGAAUGACUUCCGAAUGCCCCAAAACUCGUGCUUAUCCUUUCCUUCGACAUCUGGGACCUGAAAUAUGACAAAGUAGCACAUCCCGGCGUAAAAUAGGCAAAAAAUACACGACUAUGCCCCUCAAACGGAUAAGAACUAGGGGUGCACAUAUGUGCAAUUACAUCAUUAUCAAAUUCCCCCACACUUAACCGUUUGCUUGUCCCCAAGCAAACCAAGUCAGACACAAGGUAAGCUCAAAACGUUUCAAUCAAGCAUGCUUUAGGGCAUAUCAUAUCGGCACAAAACACAUGGAUCAUAUUGGCUUUCGAUCAUUAACACAUGGACAACCUCAAUGACAACCUAGACAACCACCACAGAUGACAUUCGAAUGCAAUAAAGUCGAGCAAAGGAAGAGUUUCCUUCUGUUCACCAACCAACAUAGACUUGACUCAACCACAUAUUCGAGACAGUCACUUCAUGCACAAAGCUCAAGAUAUCAGAAUUAAGACCGAGCAAUCUAGGUCCUCACCGGGAUAAAGAGUAUAGAGAAUAUGAGAAAAUGAAUCGCUCACUCUCGACCAGUGGGGUCGGGACAAUUUGAUGCAAAAAAUGUGCAUGCUUAUUCUCUCAAUCCCUAACGUCUCUUCACCAUGAAUGCAGCCUUUAAAUGCUAGAGUUCACAUAUGGGGUGUCACCACUAACUAAUCCGGAGGUCUUAGACAUAGGUUCAGAUGACUGGCUAGGGUCUUGGACAUGGGGAAAAGGCCUUUUAGGUGGUGGAAGUAUUCAUAGCACAAGGUUCCACAUUUCCAAACCCAACAAACUCACAGUCAAUCAAACCAAUAACUUUCUUUCUGCUAUUCUGCAUUACUCAAAUUCUUCAGAGCACAAGAGCGAAGGAGGUCACAUAAAUGCUAGUAUUUCUAAGCCAGACUGCUAAGAAACACUACUUAAUGAG